AUGGAUGUCGCAUCAGAGCAAGAGUCAGAUGAUGUUCGACAAAUGACGUAUGAUGUCUUUGUUAGCUUUAGGGGCGAGGACAUUCGUCAUGGAUUUCUUGGUCAUUUGACUAAGGCUUUAAAACAAAAGCAAAUAUAUGCUUUUGUAGAUGAUGAUCUUGAGAAGGGAGAGGAAAUAUGGUCAUCACUAAUUGGAGCAAUUAAAGGAUCGUUGAUUUCUUUGACCAUAUUCUCUGAAAACUAUGCUUCUUCGCGUUGGUGUUUGGAAGAACUAGUGACAAUACUUGAGUGCCGAGAGAAAUAUGGACAAACUGUUAUACCUGUUUUCUACCAUGUAGAACCUACAGUUGUACGACAUCAGAAGGGGAAUUAUUCAAUUGCUUUUGUUGAACAUGAAAAAAAAUAUAAUUCGACCACAGUGCAAAACUGGAGACAUGCUUUGAGAAAAGCUGCUGAUUUAUCAGGAAUAACUUCAAUCAAUUACCAGACCGAAGUUCAGUUCCUUGGAGAAGUCGUCAACAUUGUCAAUCUAAUGUUGAUGAGGUUGGGUAAACAUCCGGCUAACAUAAAAGGACUUAUAGGAAUCGACAAAGCAACUCAACACAUAGAAUCAUUGUUACAUCAACAGCCAAAAAGUGUUCGUGUCAUUGGAAUUUGGGGUAUGGGCGGUAUUGGAAAGACAACAAUUGCAGAGGAGAUAUUUAACAAACUAUAUUUUGAAUAUGAUAGUUAUUAUUUUUUGGCAAAUGUAAGGAAAGAAUCAGGAAGACAUGAAACAAUAUUUUUGAAGGAAAAACUUUUUUCUACACUACUAGAAGAAAAUGUGAAAUUGAACACAGAAAAUGGGUUGUCCAAUUAUAUUAAAAGAAAGAUUGGUCGUAUGAAGGUCUUGAUUAUUCUUGAUGAUGUCAAUGAUUCUGAUCUACCAGAAAAACUCCUUGGAAACAUUGAUUGGUUUGGUCCGGGGAGUAGAAUCAUUAUAACAACUCGAGACAAGCAAGUGCUUGUGGCAAAUAAAGUUGAUGAUAUAUACCAAGUUGGGGCAAUGAACUCUACUGAAGCGCUUGAGCUUUUUAGUUUGUAUGCCUUUAAAGAAACUCAUUUUGAAAUGGAGUAUUAUAAGCUAUCAAAGAAGGUGGUCAAUUAUGCUGAAGGCAUUCCAUUAGUUCUUAAAGUUUUGGGUCGUCUAUUAUGUGGAAAAGAUAAGAAAGUGUGGGAAAGUCACUUGGACAAACUUAAAAGCAUGCCAAAUACAGAUGUUUACAAAGUAAUGAGAUUGAGUUAUGAGGAUCUAGAUCGCAAAGAACAACAAAUAUUUUUAGAUCUUGCAUGUAGUGAAAGAGAUAAUUCAGUGGUUGCUGUGUUAGAAAGGUUAAAAGACAAAGCUCUUAUAACCAUUUCUCAAGAUAAUGUUGUAUCUAUGCACGAUAUUAUACAAGAAACAGGUUGGGAGAUUGUUCGUCAAGAAUCUAUUGAAGACCCUGGAAGCCGAAGCCGAUUGUGGGAUCCUGAUGACAUUUAUGAAGUAUUUAAAAAUAAUAAGGGGACUGAGUCCAUAUGGAGCAUACGAGUGCACUUGUCAGUCCUUAAGAAGCUAAACCUAAGCCCUCACAUAUUUACUAAGAUGAGUAAAGUAAAAUUUUUGUAUUUUCCUGGAUAUGAAGAUGGCUUUGAUCUUCUUCCUCAUGGGCUUCAAUCAUUCCCAGAUGAACUAAGAUAUCUCUCUUGGAUGCAUUACCCUCUGAAAUCCUUGCCAGAGAAUUUUUCUCCCCAAAAUCUUGUUAUGUUGGACUUGCAAUUUAGCCAAGUGGAAAAGAUUUGGAAUGGAGUGCAGAAUUUGGUAAAUCUAAAAGAAAUCAAAGUCUCUAGUUCCAGAAACCUAAAGGGGCUGCCGGACCUUUCAAAAGCCACAAAUCUUGAAGUAUUGGACAUCAAGUUUUGUCCUCAAAUGACUAGUGUCCCCCCAUCUAUUUUCUCUCUGAACAAGCUCCAGAAAUUGGAUCUAAGUGAUUGUUCCCUCAACAAAAUUCUAAGUGUUAACCAUUUAAGUUCCCUUAGUCAUCUCAAUCUUCGCUCAUGCACAAAACUAAAGGAAUUUUCAGUGACAUCAGAGAAUAUGGUUAACUUAGAUUUAUCUGUCACUCGUGUCAAGGCAUUGCCCCCAACUUUUGGACGUCAGAGCAAGCUUGAAAUCCUAUCACUUGCAAGCAGCGGCAUACAGAGCUUCCCUUCAAGCUUCAAAAAUCUUACAAGAUUGCGAUAUCUGGAUAUACGUAAUUGCAAGGAUCUUCGUACCCUGACACAGCUUCCCCCAUCACUUGAAACUCUGUAUGCCACAGAUUGCUCAUCUUUGAAGAAUGUAUUAUUUCCAUCAGUUACUGAACAAUUCAAAGAAAGUAGGAAAGAUAUUUCAUUUUGGAAUUGUUUGAAUCUGGAUGACCAUUCUCUCAAGGCUAUCGAGUUAAAUGCACACAUAAAUGCGAUGAAAUUUGCAUAUCAACAUCCUGCACCAAAUGAAAAUUAUGAUGAUCACAAAUAUCGUGGUGUUGGAUCUUAUCAUGUAAAGUAUGUGUAUCCAGGAAGCAGUGUUCCAGAGUGGAUGGAGUAUAAGACAACAAAGGAUUAUAUGAAAAUUGAUAUCUCUUCUAUUCCACAUUCCUCUCAACUGGGCUUCAUUUUUAGCUUUGUUAUCUAUGGCCCUAAAAGGAAGACAACUGUUUUUGGAUUUUCAUUUUAUAUCACUAUCAGUGAUAUUGAGGAUGAUAGUAAAAAGGAUACAAUUAGGAUCUUCAUGCCUGAUUCAGUUCCUUGGAUUUCAAAGGAUCACGUGUGUGUGGUUUAUGACCAAGAAUGUUCUCACUACCUAAACAGUAGAGCCAAAAACCAGACAAGGUUUAAGAUCAAGGUUAAUGUAAUGGCAUUAGGCAGAGAACGACCACAAGGUGUGGAGGGGUUAAAAGGCUUCGGGUUCAGUUCAAUAAACACCUCAACAUAUCACAGUUUCAUGGAACACAUAAACACCACAGCAUGCAAAACACUAAGGGAAUUUUCAGUGACGUCAGUGAAUAUGAUUAUGCUAGAUUUAUCUGCCACUCAUGUCAAGGCAUUGCCAACAUCUUCUGGCCGUCAAAGCACGCUUGAAAUCUUAUUUAUAAUGAGCAGUGGCAUCCAGAUCUUCCCUUCAUGCUCCAAAAAUCUUACAAGAUUGCAAUAUUUGGGUAUACGUAAUUGCCAGGGUCUUCAAACUUUAACAGAGCUUCUCCUAUCCCUUGAAAAUCUAUAUGCAACAGAUUUCACAUAUUUGAAGACUGUACUGUUUCCAUCAAUUGCUGAACAAUUCAAGGAAAGUAGGAAAGUUGUUUGCUUUUGGAAUUGCUUGAAUCUGGACAACCAUUCUAUCAAGGUUAUUGCGUUAAAUGCACAUAUUAACGCAAUGAAAUUUGCAUACCAUUAUCUACCUGCACCAAAUGAAAAUUAUGAUGAUUACAAAUAUUGUAGUGAUGAAUCUUAUCAUGUAAAAUUGGGCUUCAUUUUCAGCUUUGUUGUCUGUUGCCCUAACUUGAAGACAAGAAAUGCUCUUCGACUUAUAUUUUAUAUCACUAUCAGUGCUGUUGAAGAUGAAAGUAAAAAGGAUACAAUUGACAUCUUCUUGCCUGAUUCACUUUUCUGGAUUUAA